AUGGCAGGUGAAAUUAUUACUAUACAAAUCGGACAAUGUGGUAACCAGGUAGGUAAACACUUCUGGAACCAGUUAUCAAAAGAACACGGAAUUGACAGGGAUGGCAGUUGUAAAUUUGAUGAUGAUCCACAAAAGAAUAUUAGAGAUGAUGAUACAAACCCAUUUUUUAAGAAAAAUGAUUCUCACAGAUAUACACCAAGAGCAUUAUUAUUUGAUAUGGAACCAGGUGCUGUUCAGGACGUUACUAAUACCUUCCCAAAUUUUUUUGAUCCUAGAAAUGUGAGUGUUUCUCGUGAUGAGUUGGGUGCUGGUAAUUCAUGGUCGAAAGGUUACGAUUAUGGUGUAUCUAAUCAAGACGAACUUUUAAAUAUAAUUGAUAAAGAAAUUGACAAUACAGAAAAUUUUGAAGGUUUUCAAUUGAUUCAUUCUGUUGCAGGUGGCACAGGGUCCGGGUUGGGUUCAAAUCUCCUAGAACUGAUCUCUGAUAGAUACCACAAGAAGUUUAUAUCCACUUACUCUGUGUUUCCAAGUGAUGAGUCUGAAGUCGUUGUUCAACCAUACAAUACUUUACUGACCUUAAGAAGACUUGCCGAAAAUAGUGAUGCCUCUAUUGUUUUUGACAACAAUGCUUUACUAAACCUAUCAUCUCAAGUUUUCAAAGAUCCAAAUACAAGCUAUAUUCAUACAAAUCAAUUAAUUUCUUCGACAAUGUCAUCUAUAACAAACACCAUACGAUUCCCAAGUUAUAUGUACAAUUCUAUGUCUUCAAUAUUCUCCACGUUAGUACCAACUCCAGAUUUACAUUUCCUGUUACCUGGUUUUACCCCAUUUACAAGUGAUUACGUCAAUAAUGGAAAAGAUUAUAAAAGAAACACAGCAUACGAUGUCAUAUUAGAUUUAUUUGACAAAUCCAACUCUUUAGUGUCUAGCAGAGUGGACAAUCCAACAUACUUUAAUAUAUAUACUUCACUAAUUGGAUCAACAGAGCAAAAUGACAUAUCCAGAGCGAUUUUGAAACUACAAUCACGUAUUAAUUUUGCUCCAUGGUCAUCAACAUCAAUUCAUGUAAACGUCGGAAGGAGAUCUUCAUUUUUGCCUCAACCAGAACAAGCAGUCAACGGAUUUGGUAAUCGUAACUAUGUAAAUGGUAUGAUGCUAGCAAAUUCCACUAGCAUUCUAUCUGUUUUUGAAAGAACAGUAAGAACAUUCGAUAAAAUAUUUGCAAAAGGAGCAUUUUUAAACACAUUCAGAAACGGUAAAAUGUUUCAAAAUGAUUGGGAUGAAUUUAGUGAAUGUAGAGAAGUGGCACAGAACUUAAUCAAUUCAUACUCCACAGCCGAACAAGAGAAUUACCUAGAUGAUAUACUAAUUGAAGAAGAGAAUAUUAUAGGAAAUGCAGAAGCUGAGAACGACAUUGGCUUAGAUAGUAACAUUAUAUAA